UCCUUAACGUCACACAAAUAACAAUACCUACAAAAUAAUUAAACACUGUGAAUACAGUGUUUAUCAAUUUAGUUUUAAAAAAAUAGUUUCAAAGUUUAUUUUAUCUUUCAAAUAGCAUAAUGCCAACGCUCGAUGGAAAAGAAAUUGAUAUAUUUUUUACUGAGGAAGAUUUACCAUAUGAAGAAGAAAUAUUAAGAAAUCCAUUCUCAGUAAAACAUUGGCUUAGAUACAUAGAACACAAAAAAGCAGCUCCCAAACAUGAAAUUAAUAUGAUCUAUGAGAGAGCCCUUAAAGAAUUACCUGGCUCCUUUAAACUGUGGUAUAAUUAUCUUAAAAUAAGAAGAUCACAAAUCAGGGGCCGCUGCAUAACAGAUCCGGCCUAUGAAGAUGUCAAUAAUUGUUUUGAAAGGUCACUUGUAUUCAUGCAUAAAAUGCCAAGACUUUGGAUGGAUUACUGCACUUUUCUAACUGAUCAAUGUAAAAUAACUAUUACUAGAAAAGCAUUUGACAGUGCUUUAAGAGCAUUACCUAUUACCCAACAUCAUAGAAUUUGGCCACUUUAUCUUAAUUUUCUUAAGAAACACAAUAUCCCUGAAACAGCUGUGAGAGUGUUCAGAAGAUAUCUCAAGCUAUGCCCAGAAGACACCGAAGAAUAUAUUGAUUAUUUAAUAGUAAUAGAAAAGUUAGAUGAAGCAGCAGUUAAAUUGGCUCAGCUUGUCAACAAUGAAAACUUUCAAUCCAAGCAUGGGAAGUCAAAUCAUCAGCUUUGGAAUGAGCUUUGUGAACUCAUAUCCAAAAAUCCAGACAAAAUUCAUUCACUUAAUGUUGAUGCUAUAAUAAGAGGUGGACUGAGGCGCUAUACUGAUCAGUUGGGACACCUAUGGAACUCCUUAGCAGACUACUAUGUUAGGAGUGGUCUUUUUGAGAGAGCAAGAGAUAUAUAUGAAGAAGCCAUACAAACAGUCACUACUGUUAGAGACUUUACUCAAGUUUUUGAUGCAUAUGCACAAUUUGAGGAACUUAGCCUGAGUAAAAAAAUGGAAGAAGUUGCUAAAAAGUUGAAUCCUACAGAAGAUGAUGACAUCGACUUAGAACUCAGACUAGCAAGAUUUGAAUAUUUAAUGGAGAGAAGAUUACUACUUCUAAAUUCAGUUCUUUUAAGACAAAACCCACAUAAUGUUGCUGAAUGGCAUAAGAGAGUGAAACUUUAUGAAGGAAAACCUCAUGAAAUUAUUGAUACAUACACAGAAGCAGUGCAGACAGUAGAUCCAAAAUUAGCUGUAGGAAAGCUUUACACCCUUUGGGUGGGUUUUGCUAAAUUUUAUGAAAGUAAUGACCAAAUUGAUGAUGCCCGAUUAAUUUUUGAAAAAGCAACCCAAGUAAAUUAUGCAAAAGUUGAUGACCUGGCUUCAGUUUGGUGUGAAUGGGCAGAAAUGGAAAUUAAACAUGAAAACUAUGAAGAUGCCCUAAUGUUAAUGCAAAAAGCUACAGUACUACCCAGCCGAAAAGUAGCUUAUCAUGAUGACAAUGAGACAGUGCAAAUGCGUUUGUACAAGUCUUUAAAAGUAUGGUCCAUGUAUGCUGAUUUGGAAGAAAGUUUUGGUACAUACACAUCUUGUAAAGCUGUCUAUGACCAUAUUAUUGAUCUAAAAAUAGCAACACCACAAAUUAUUAUUAAUUAUGGCCUAUUUUUGGAGGAACACAAUUAUUUUGAAGAAGCUUUCAGAGCAUAUGAAAAAGGUAUAGCACUUUUCAAAUGGCCAAAUGUAUAUGAUAUUUGGAACACAUAUUUGACCAAGUUUUUAAGGAGAUAUGGAGGGACAAAACUGGAAAGAGCUAGAGAUCUCUUUGAACAGUGCCUAGAGCAUUGUCCACCUGAAUUUGCAAAGUCAAUCUUUCUUCUAUAUGCUAAAUUGGAAGAAGAACAUGGUUUAGCCAGACAUGCCAUGUCUGUGUAUGAACGAGCUACAACAGCAGUUAUGCCAGAACAGAUGUUUGAAAUGUUUAAUAUCUACAUAAAGAAAGCAGCUGAGAUAUACGGUGUACCAAAAACAAGGCAAAUAUAUGAGAAGGCAAUUGAAACUCUGCAAGAUGGGAAGGCAAGAGAAAUGUGUAUACGUUUUUCUGAAAUGGAAACACGAUUGGGUGAAAUCGACAGAGCACGUGCAAUUUAUGCACAUUGUAGUCAAAUGUGUGAUCCUCGCAUUACUGCAGACUUUUGGAACACUUGGAAAGAAUUUGAAGUUAGACAUGGAAAUGAGGACACAAUGCGUGAAAUGCUUAGAAUUAAGAGAAGUGUACAAGCUACAUAUAACACUCAAGUGAACAUGAUGUCAGCUCAAAUGUUAAGUUCAGCAGCACAGGCAGCUGGCACAGUGUCUGAUCUUGCUCCCGGAAUGAAAGAUGGCAUGAGAAUGUUAGAGGCUAAAGCAGCAGAAAUGGCUGUUCAAAACAAAGGCAACAUAUUAUUUGUUAGAGGUGAAACUCAAGGUCUUAAAGAAGCUGAUAAGGUUGUAAAUCCUGACGAAAUUGAUAUUGAUGAGGAAGAAUCAGAAAAUAGUGCAGAUGAAGAUGAAGAAGUUGCACCUGUACAGAAAAAAGAAAUACCUGCUGCUGUUUUCGGAAGUUUACUGUCUGAAAAAGAGUAGAAUUUUUUGAAGAAACUUUAAACAAAUAAUAAAUAUUUUUCAUUCAAUACGAAAAAAGUUCUUCAUUUUU